AUGGGUAUCCAAAAGCGUGAGGAGAUCAGGUUGUUGGAUGUGGAACCAGCAAACCAACUUGAUGACCCUCUCCGCGCAAUACUCCGCCAUGCUGAACUACAGGACGCGCACUUCUCCGCUCUCUCGUACGUCUGGGGAGAUACAGUCAAUGAUCGAUCCAACAUCGCGAUUAGGUACGAAAGAAGCGCUCGCGAGUACCUCGCUUCCAAGUUACGCGGCAAGUCGGCUGCACCAACGUACGUUCAUAGCAUUGGCAGCAACCUGGCCAGGGCCCUCAGACACCUGCGACAGAAGUAUGGGAGACUUACCAUCUGGACAGAUGCUCUCUGCAUCAACCAAGGCGACGGUAAAGAGAAAGACUGGCAGGUCCCCCUCAUGAAGGCUAUCUAUUCCCAGGCUCAAGAGGUGCACGCAUGGCUGGGUCCUCUGCACAAUGAGGAUGUAGCCGCCAUUCGUAACAUGAAAGCUGCUAUUGAAUUGGCGAACGCAGUUUGGACUUUAGCAGCGCAAAUCAUAGAUUCAAUAAGUCUUCUAUCGGAGGAAGACUGGCUUGAAGCUUGCUUCACAGUGGCCGAUGCGCAUCAAUCAUAUGAUCAAACGCACCGCAAAUGGGCCGAUUUCGCGAUAGCUCUACGUCGCGCCGCAACGUCCGACCACUCGAUACAGAAUGAGCUAGCGUGCGUCAGAACACUCUCGCAGAACACUUACUUCGCCAGAAUGUGGAUCUUGCAAGAGACUGGCCGGGCACGGAGAUUAACCUUCCAUUUCGGUCUGAAAGACAUGCCCCAUCGACCUGUUCUGCUGGCUCUGAGUCUAGCGAACUCUCUGCGAGAGCCCAAAGGCUCCCCUGAAACUGGAAAUAAAUCUUCUCGCUUUGAUACUCGUUUCUUGGGCUGCUUAUCAGCUCGCACCACAUGCAUGCAGAAACGGUCUCUCCGAGAUGUACUGGCCUCAGCAUAUUUUAGUCCACCUCCACUCCAGGAAGCAUCUGAUCCGAAAGAUCUCAUCUAUGCGCGUCUAGGCCUGGCCGAGAAUCCACACGGAAUCACUGUCGAAUACGGGCUGAGCGUUGCCGAAGUGUACACCGCUGCCUCUCGUUUCCUACUUUCCGAGGGCUUCCUGGAGAUUCUGGUCACGUUCAGACCGUAUAGAUUUCAGAGAGGAAUAAUUGAUGAGAGCUUUCCGUCGUGGGCAUACGAUUGGUCCAAGAAAGCUUUCAAUUCCUUCGACAAAUACACUGCGUCCCGGGACACGUCUCAAAAGGUUUCCAUUGCGUCCUAUCGCGACGCCAGAUUCAAGCACGUGCUUACCAUGACCGGCAUUAACAUUGGAACCGUCCAAGUUGCGAACAAGAUGUUCUCUGCUACUGUGCUCGCUGCAGGGUUACACAAAGGAACUGUCGGUGAAGGCAGCAUUCGUGCUGUGUCCGAAGAACUUUCACCGGAAAAGAAGGAUACCCUGGUGCGCAACAUAACCAGUGCAUACCGGCAACUUGGUAUUAUUGUUGCAGAUGCAGAUAUCGAAACGCUUCUCAGCUAUCGCACGCUGCCAUUCGCGUCGUUCUGGUGUUGGUGGGUACAUUGGAUCGCAUCCCUGGUCAACUUGAUGAACGACACGGAGGCCCAGCAACCUGACAAGAGGCUACCAGGCAUCAACGUUGCGGAGUUGCUCUUUCGUGAAGAUCCUGGAGUGCUAAACCGCACGGAGAACAUGAUGCAUUUCGGAACCAAGACAGGUAUCCUGGCUCUAAUCGAUUAUCAGCGUUGGGUGAUACUCCUCGGCAUAGAGUCAGAGCGCAGUGGCAUCGAAGAAAGUAUGGCCAUACAAUUUGCCGAGUCGCUGUUUCGCUCUGCUUGGGGAAUGCGACCCGCUUCCUUGAACAGUAGACGCUUGGGCUACGUCCCCGAAGACACCAGAGCACAAGAUGAGGUGGUUAUCUUUCACGGGGUCAAGGCACCCCUGGUAAUACGGAAGACCACCCCAGAUGCGUACAGAAUAAUUGGGCCAGCACACAUUUGUGGAGCGAUGCAAGGGGAGCUCAUGGACGCGACACUGUCUGGGACUACAUACAAAUUGAUCUAA